UCACAGUCACUCUCUCUCAUGUCUCCAUCCCACGUUUCUCCAUCCUCAAUUCCCCACCCUCGCGCGCCUCCUUCCUCCCGGCAAAGCCCCACACCGCUCACCCGCCCUCCCAAUUCGCGGGCUGCCGGAGCCCAGGCCGACGGAGAUGGCCGACCCCCUGCCACUGCGCCGCCGAUGAGAUUGGCCGACGCCGCGGCGCCAUGCACCCCCCGCGCUCGCUAGCACCACGCAGUGCUCCUCCUGUAGCCACGCCGAAGGCCUAGGCGGAGGGAGGCAGCGAGGGUGGCCAUUGAAGAGCAUCCUCCCUCCCCACUCUGCCGGCAUCGGGACCGGGCCCUCAUGGUUCCCUCUGCCCGCGCCAGAAUCGGCCGCCCAUGGUUCCCCUCCGCCCGUGCUAGAACGGACCCCUCAUGUUUCCCCUCCACCGGCACCAUGACCGGCCCCAUAUGGUUCCCCUCCGCCGGUGCUAGCACCAGCUCCCCCAUCGUUCCCCUCCGACACUGUCAUCCUCCUCCCGACUCCGUAGGAACAAGUGACGCCGGCGAGGACGCUCCGCUCUGCGGGUUGGCUGUGUCACAAGCCUCCUCGAGCGGCCCAAGUGCGGCAUGCUGUGUCGAAGUCCCUCCCCACCUCGCUCAGGACUGCAUGGACAGUGGUAUCGAAUCUGGGAGGAGAUUGAUCUGCAGAGGCCACCGGGGAUGGUGGCGCAGACAUGGAGGACGAUGGUGGUUCACCAAAAGUCACGAUGGGCAGAUGCGUGCAUACAGUGGAGAGGCUUGCGGAGGAGGAAGCCGGGGACGUAGAGGAGAUGUGGGAUGCGGCAGGGAGAUCGUGAGGGAGGAUGGAGGAGAGGUGAAAGGGAAACCGUAUGGUGAAAAUAACCCUUAUCAACAAAUCACGGGAAGGGUUUUUAUACUGUGAUGAGGCAGAAAAUCCGAAAUAUCAGCCGUAUUAGAAUUGUUGUCAAAACUACCCAUGCUAAGUUGCCGCAUGAGAUUUCUGCUAUUAAGACACGGCAUGCCAAUCUCUGAAAUUUUGGAAUAGAUGAUUUGGCCGGCUAGCUAGCUUGCCGUGUUUGUCCUUUUUCUUCCUCUCUCACGUAACUAUCUUGCCUUGAUUGUAUUUAAAGGAGAGAGAGAUUUGUGGGAUCUGUUGGGAGAUAAUCAUGGAAGUACCAGAUUGGUUGGGAGAGGAUCUAUACUUUCCUAAACAUCCAUUACGACUACUUAAUA